AUGGUAGUAGGAGGGGAUGGCGGGAGCUAUAAGAGUGAUGGUGGUGGCGGCGGCGGUGAUGAUGAAUGCUUUGAUUGUGAUGGCGGUGACGGCGUACACAUUUAUGGUGGUGGUGAAUGCUUUGAUAGUGAUGGUGACGGCGGCGUACACAGUUAUGGUGGUGGUGGUGGUGAUGAAUGCUUUGAUUGUGAUGGCGGUGACGGCGUACACAUUUAUGGUGGUGGUGGUGGUGAUGGUAGUGAUGAAUGCUUUGAUAGUGAUGGCGACGGCGGCGCAGACAUUUAUGGUGGUGGUGGUGGUGGUAGUGAUGAAUGCUUUGAUUGUGAUGGCGGUGACGGCGCAGACAUGUAUGGUGGUGGUGGUGGUGAUGAAUGCUUUGAUUGUGAUGGCGGUUGA